AUGUCCAAGACAUUCGCCGCCGCUGAGGUCAGCAAGCACAAGGACAAGGACAACGGCCUGUGGCUCAUCAUUGAGGGCAGCGUCUACGAUGUGACGAACUUUGUCGAUGAACAUCCCGGCGGCGCCCGCGUCAUCCAGCGCAUGGGCGGCAAGGACGCCACCAAGGCUUUCUGGAAGUACCACGGCGAGAGCGUCCUGGCCAAGUACGGCGAUCGGUUCAAGAUUGGCACCGUUACCGAGUCCGCCAAGCUAUAA